CAGAUUAUGGGAUUUCAUGUCUGCCUGAGUCAGGGUCUGCAGGCUCCUCAAGCAUCUGGUCUCCUAUGCUGCUGUAACCCUUAUUAAAGUUUACCAUGGGAUUGUGCAGUCCCCCCCAUGCAUUUCCCAUGGUUAUACUGUGCAUUUAUCAUAGCUUAUCCUGGUUUUCCAUGUUUAUUAAUGUGCUCUACCCUACCUCGCUAUUCUUUACAGUGCUUACCCUUUUGUCUUUGUGUGAUGUUUGCAGUCAUUGAGAGUGGUUCUGGCCUCUGGAUUGCUCCAAUAUUGAGCUGUUAUCAUUUUUCUCUAUGUCUGUCUUCACCUGAUGAUGGAUUUGUUUUUGCUUUUUUUUUUCUCAGGUACAACAUUCUGUUCUCCCUGACUGGAGGAGGGAAGUUUAACUACCAGGGCACUAAGCGCUGGAUCGAGGAGCACCUGGAUCAUUCAGAGUCCAGUCUUCUCCAUGACAACGUGGCGUUCGUCCUGUGUCUGGACACCCUGGGGAACGGGGAGGCGCUCCACCUGCACGUCUCCAGACCCCCCAGGCCAGGGACAGUGCAGCAUGCCUUCAUACAGCAGAUUGAACAGGUGGUUUCUUCUCAUUUCCCUGCAGUGACUUUUGGAGUAGUCCACAAGAAAAUCAAUCUGGGGGACACGGCUCUGGCCUGGGAGCAUGAGCGCUUUGGGAUUCGGAGAAUCCCCGGGUUCACCCUGUCCCACCUGGAGGACCCCCUGAGAGGGCAGAGGGGUUCUAUCCUGGACACAGUGUCUCAGAUGGACAUCAGGAAGCUCAGACGAAACACUGCCAUUGUUGCCGAGGCCUUGGCGCGCUUCAUGUAUAAUUUCACUGAAAAGGGUUCGCUGAUGGAGCUUCAGGUUUUUAAAGGUCGCUUGGAGGUCCAGGAGAGCCGUCUGUCCUCCCUGGUUCACUGGCUGUCCUCCCAGUCCAGGGCUGCCCAGCUCCUUGAGCGAGACCCUGGCCUCCUCCCCACCCUGGAGCUGCAGCUCAGUCAUUACCUGCGUCAGGUCCAGCGGCACACCUUCCUCACUGACAAGAGAGACCCAGAUUAUGUGUUCUUUGACCAGAUGAAACAAACCAUGACAGCAUACAGGGUGAAGCCAGCAGUGUUUGACCUGUUCCUGGUGCCAUGUAUAGCAGCAUGUCUGGGAGUGGUUUACCAUGCAAUACAGAAUUUUGGAUCCCUGUACACCAGAGUCACCAGACUGAUGGUGAAGCCGAAGCAGCAGUGAGCUGAACCUCCACCAUAGUCAACCAGCAAAGGAAAGGCAGAAGAGCCCAACCCGGAGCACUGCCCCAUGCUGUACCGGAGGACUGUUUUAAAUGCAAUACAAGUUUGAAUUGAAUUGCAGAUACUUUAUAUUUUUAAAGAAUAGAGUCCCUUAUAAAAGUUUAUCACAGUAACUGUACAGUUUUCCCAUAGUUAUACUAUGCAUUUACCAUGUUUUACCAUGGUUUAUCAUGUUUUUUUAAUAUGUUUUACCUUUGUGCUUACAGUACAUGUGCUUUUCCAUGCUUUCACUAUGCUUUAUUUCACUUUGUAGUGUAAUGGUACCCUUUUAUAAGGGGUAGGGUAAAACAUUAAGAACCCACCUGCAAGAAUCCAUCAUGUAGCCAGUAACUAAAAGAACACUGACCUGCACAGGAACAAAGCAACAAACAACCAGUACAAGAGAUGUCUCCAGGGUUGUGGUUCAGAAAGGAUGUCGCUGUAUCUUGGACACUUAGAGGGUGUAACAUCCACCAAUGAGGUAUUUGCUUAGGGACCUUGACUUUGACCUCCUGUCCAAUAAGGUACCACAAUGAUCCUGACCCUUCAUACCAAGGUGUGCUGAUUCGACUGUGGAGAUGAUCUGACCACAGCUGAAUACUGAAUAGUGGCUCUUAUCUUUGACUUGUAUUUGGCAGGUGGUCUCAUAGUUUAGUCCUCCACUAUGUGUAUACAUGUCUUUUGUUAUGUUUACAAUAAUAUUUAGAAUAUUGUAUUCAUUUAAAAUACUAACAGUUCCCUUUUUUGUGCAGGGAUACAUUACAUUUGUAUGUGUUUCCCCUAUCUCCCCUAUCUCCAAUGAUGAUACAGCCCUACAAAAUAAUACAUUAAUUAGUUCAUUGACUAAUACUGUGCUUAUGCUUUUCAUGAAUUAAACAAGACUGUUUGGAAUAAAACCCCCUUCUCACAGUGUACAGCACUAUGCAUUGUUGAGGUAAUGGCAAGCCAAGGACCUCUACCCCACACCCUGUACAGCAGAAUGAAUGGCUGUUUAUUUAUGUAUUUCAGACGUCAUUUAUGCAUUGGUUUUCUUUGUAUAAUUAUCUUCAUGAUUAUUGGUACAGUCAUUUAUAGAUUAUCUUACAAGAGUGGUCAUUUUUGCCCUUGCACACAUUUCAACUAUUUGUCUUGGCACAAUAUUUAUAUAUUCAUUCUCCAGUCAUGUAUACUUGGUCAAGUCUGAAAACCUGAAAACACAAAACCAACUGAAGUCCUAGAAGUAUAGCACUGAGCCUGUAAAAUAAUCCUAGCAACCAGCCCGGCCCCCUUUGUGAUGUGAACCGGAGCGAAGUGAACGUGGGGCUGGUGAAACACGGUGCUUUCACUGCGGCCGGCUCCCAUUGUGCUUCUUUCAGCUCGUAUUGACCCAGCCUUUGUUCUGCAAGUCAAUAAAGUGCAAACACCCUGUCUGACCUGAA